AUGCUGCAGCACCUGGCGGGAGGAGCGCGGCAGCGGCACACACACGGGCACGGCGGGCGGUGUGGUGCGGGGGCGAAUCGAGAGGAGUGCGAACGGGUGCAUGGGGAUGCGUCGAUCCCGCCACUCUUCCGCCGCACCCCGGAGCUGGCCCACUGGUACGACCAGCGGCGGCAGCGCUUCGCCCGCCUCCACGCCCUCCGCUCGACGCCCCAUGUGGGCCGGCUUGCCGUCACGGCCCUCUACGCCUGGAUAGGCCUCUGCUACUUCGCCCUCCUGCGCACCGUUCUCGCGCCCCUCCUCGCCGCCUCUUGGUGGGUGCCGCCGCCCGUCGUGCUGGGGGCCGCGUUCGCCGGUUUCACGGGCCUUCUCGCCCUCACCCUCGCUCUACACAUCCUCCUCCUACGCUCCUCGCCCGGCCUCGUGCCCACCUCCUGGGUGCCGCCCGUGGUGGGGCUGAGGACGCAGCAGCAGCAGAUGAUGGCGGCCACGGCGGGGGAGGAGGAACAGUUCCCCGAACCGGGCGGAGUCGAGGUGGUGGUGCUGCAGGCCACGCCUACCCCGUCAUUGCACGGGGACGACGCCCUUGCCCGCGUCCAAGGAGCCCAUCAGCAUCACCUUGGCUGCCGUGAUGCCCACGGGGCCAGUGGUGAUGAUGCUCAUGAAGAUGACGAGGACGGUGAUGAUGACGAUGAUGCCGCUCAUGGCAGUGAUGACGAGGACGACCGUCGGUGGAAAGACUACUGUCUCAAGUGCAACAGCCUGCGACCUCCGCGCGCCCGGCACUGUCGCGUGUGCGACCGAUGUGUCCUCAAAAUGGACCACCACUGUCCGUGGGUGAAUAAUUGCGUGGGCAACAACAACUUCAAGCUGUUCUUCAUCUUCCUCUGCACUGCAUCCCUUCUGGGCGUGAGCGCCAGCUGUCUAUUUCUCCUCGGCGGCCUCCACUUCUGGCGACAGGCGCCCGUGUACCUUGCCUUACUGCCUACGGUCGACUAG